AAUUUUGUUUUCAGACUCUUCUUCUCUUUCACAUCCUUUUCCCUUUCCUAUCUUCUCUGAAACUGCAAUCUCCUUCAUGCUCUUUUGUCUUUUCUUCUUUCUGCAACGGAAGUGACUGCUGCUGUAUCAACUCCGGCCUUUCUCUAACACUUUUCUAACGCAAAGCGUGUCUUAUCCGUGCGUCCAGAAAGAAGGCUGUGUCAGGUCCAAAUAACUGUUUCCGACGUCAUAUACACUUCCCACGAGUGUCCGUGUCCCGUGCGCUUCCGAAUCGGGGAAGCGCGGCUCCAAGGCCGUGUAGGAGCUUCCUAGAUUACAUUUCUCCUUUCCCGUUUUGAUUUGAUUUGAUUGAUCGAUCUUCCCAGCAAACACAGAAACGACAAUGUGGAAGCUCAAGUUUGCCGAGGGAGGGAGUCCAUGGCUUCGCUCGCUCAACAAUCACGUUGGAAGACAGGUGUGGGAGUUCGAUCCUAAGCUCGGAUCACCUCAAGAUCUCCUCGAGAUUGAGAAAGCUCGCCAGAAUUUCCAUGAAAACCGCUUUUCAACCAAACACAGCUCUGAUCUACUUAUGCGCUUGCAGUUUGCAAGAGAGAACCCAAUCCAUGAAGUCUUACCCAAAGUCGGAGUUAAAGAUAUUGAGGAUGUGACCGAAGACGUUGUGACAAAAACAUUAAGAAGGGCUGUAACUUUCCAUUCAACUCUCCAGUGUCAUGACGGACACUGGCCGGGAGAUUAUGGAGGUCCUAUGUUUCUGAUGCCUGGCUUGGUAAUUACUCUGUCAAUCACUGGGGCACUCAAUGCAGUUUUAACUGAAGAGCAUAAAAAGGAAAUAUGUCGUUACCUAUAUAACCAUCAAAAUAAGGAUGGUGGGUGGGGUUUGCACAUUGAAGGUCCAAGCACCAUGUUUGGCUCUGUCUUGAGUUAUGUUACUCUGAGAUUGCUUGGUGAGGGGCCUAAUGAUGGAGAAGGAGAGAUUGAGAAGGCACGUGACUGGAUUCUAGAGCAUGGUGGUGCUACCCAUAUUACGUCAUGGGGGAAGAUGUGGCUUUCAGUACUUGGAGUGUACGAAUGGUCUGGAAAUAAUCCCCUGCCCCCUGAGAUAUGGCUCCUUCCGUACAUUCUGCCAUUUCAUCCAGGAAGGAUGUGGUGUCACUGCCGGAUGGUCUACUUGCCAAUGUCCUACUUAUAUGGAAAGAGGUUUGUUGGCCCAAUCACACCAACAAUAUUAUCUUUGAGAAAAGAGCUUUAUACUGUACCAUAUCAUGAUAUUGACUGGGAUCGAGCUCGCAAUCUGUGUGCAAAGGAAGACUUGUACUAUCCUCACCCACUCGUGCAGGAUAUUCUUUGGGGAUCUCUACACAAUUUCCUCGAGCCAAUUCUGAUGCAUUGGCCUGGCAAAAAGCUAAGGGAGAAGGCUCUAACUUCAACAAUGGAGCAUAUACAUUAUGAAGAUGAGAAUACACGAUACUUAUGCAUAGGUCCUGUAAAUAAGGUGUUAAAUAUGCUUUGCUGCUGGGUGGAAGAUCCAAAUUCUGAGGCCUUCAAGUUGCAUCUUCCAAGAGUUUAUGAUUAUCUAUGGAUUGCUGAAGAUGGAAUGAAAAUGCAGGGCUACAAUGGAAGUCAAUUAUGGGAUACUGCUUUUGCUGUCCAAGCUAUUAUUUCAACUAACCUCAUUGAAGAAUUUGGUCCAACUAUAAGAAAAGCCCAUACCUAUAUUAAGAACUCCCAGGUUUUAGAAGACUGUCCAGGUGAUCUUAAUAAAUGGUAUCGUCACAUUUCAAAAGGUGCUUGGCCUUUUUCAACUGCAGAUCAUGGAUGGCCAAUUUCUGAUUGCACAGCUGAAGGACUGAAAGCUGUUUUAUCAUUAUCCAAAAUUGCACCAGAAGUAGUUGGUGACCCAUUGGAGGUGAAGCGAUUAUAUGAUUCAGUAAAUGUCAUUCUCUCACUUCAGAAUGAAGAUGGUGGUUUUGCAACAUACGAGCUUAAACGAUCGUAUAAUUGGUUGGAGUUAAUCAAUCCGGCUGAAACAUUUGGUGACAUCGUUAUUGAUUAUCCUUAUGUGGAAUGUACAUCAGCAGCAAUUCAAGCUUUGGCAUCAUUUAGGAAAUUAUAUCCCGGACAUCGCCGAGAAGAAAUACAAUGUUGUAUAGAGAAAGCUGCUGCCUUCAUUGAAAAAAUACAAGCUUCAGAUGGUUCAUGGUAUGGUUCUUGGGGAGUUUGCUUCACUUAUGGUGCUUGGUUUGGGGUAAAGGGAUUGAUUGCUGCUGGAAAGAGUUUCAGUAAUUGCCCAAGCAUCCGGAAAGCUUGUGAGUUUCUCCUGUCCAAGCAGCUGCCUUCCGGUGGCUGGGGAGAGAGCUAUCUGUCUUGUCAAAACAAGGUGUAUUCAAAUCUGGAAGGCAACAGGUCUCAUGUGGUAAACACUGGGUGGGCUAUGUUGGCUCUCAUGGAUGCUGGACAGCUUGAUUGGAGCUUAAAGAUAAUGUAUGAAAAUGAUCAGCUAUCUGAUGUAACCAAGCAGCGGAAUAAUUUGUUAAUGGACAAAGAGGAGGCCAAGAGAGAUCCGACUCCACUGCACCGGGCAGCUGCAUACUUGAUAAAUUCCCAAAUGGAGAACGGUGACUUUCCCCAACAGGAAAUAAUGGGAGUCUUCAACAAGAAUUGCAUGAUCUCAUACUCUGCUUACAGAAACAUAUUCCCCAUUUGGGCGUUGGGAGAAUAUCGAUCCCAUGUAUUGCAAGCCCGUUAAAUAUCGACUUAGUUAGGUGUCGUCCCAAUUAUUUCGACCUGUAGACAUUAAAAGAAAAAAAAUAUUAUUAUUAUUAUUUCGACCUAUUUUUCUUUUAUUCC